CAAGUACUACGUUAUUCCUUACGCAUUACAACGUGCACCAACAGUGGCCAAAUAGUGUUCUACGCGUUUGCGGAAACGGUGACCAAUCAACGAAAGAGGAACUAACUCGAUCAUCAACCCAACCCAAUGCUGCCACCGAUCGUGUAACGCUUGACGACGACGCCGGCUAUUCCAAACGGCGAUCACACCACAUACACACCAAUACUCCAGCACACACGCACAAUAAAGUACCUCAUAACGAUCCGGGGAGAAAAAUCCGUUGCAACGUUGGAACAGUAAAGUUUUCCCGGUGAUAAGUUUAUCAGUUUUUGGACAAACGACAAAACAGAUCAGCAGCACAACACAAUGGCCAAAUUCAGCGGGAAAAAGUGUCGCCUGCUGACGGUGAUGUCGUUGACGGUGUUUUUCUUCUUUGUCGAAAUUGUCGUCGGCUAUCUGACGAACUCGAUGGCCCUGGUGGCCGACAGUUUUCACAUGUUGGGUGACAUAGCGGCGCUUGUUAUUUCCUUCCUGUCGAUUAAGAUGUCGCCCAAAAAGUGGUCGAAAAACACGUUCGGUUGGGCACGAGCGGAAGUGCUCGGGGCGUUGGUGAAUGCAGUAUUUCUAGUGGCACUCUGCUUCAGUAUUACUAUCGAGGCGUGCAAGAGAUUCAUCGAGGUGGAACAUAUCCACGAACCGGAGCUGCUGAUCGCGGUCGGUGUGAUCGGACUUUUGGUGAAUCUGCUUGGACUUUGCCUAUUGCACAAGCACGGUUCAGGACACAUUGGACAUUCGCACGGGCUGCCACAGACAAAGCAGAUAAGCAAUCUGGGCAGUAAUGCGGACGACAACGAAGACAAAUCAUUCAUGUAUCAGCAGAAUGGUACGACGGCGAAAAAACCUUCCCACCAUGGACAUUCGCACGAUUCCUCACAGAUGAACAUGCGAGGAGCUUUCCUGCACGUGCUGAGCGACGCACUCGGCAGUGUAGUGGUGAUCAUCAGCGCAGUGAUUGUUAAAUUUACCGAUUGGAAAUACAAAUUGUACAUGGACCCGGCUCUGUCGGUUCUGCUUGUGGCGCUCAUUCUCAACUCCGUGUGGCCUUUGCUGCGUGAAUCAGCGCUGAUACUGCUACAGACAGUCCCGACCCAUAUACAGGUAGACGCGAUCCAGCGUCGUUUGUUGGAGAAGGUGGACGGUGUGCUGGCGGUACACGAAUUCCACGUGUGGCAGUUGGCCGGUGAUCGGAUCAUUGCAUCGGCACACAUUCGCUGUCGCAACUUGUCCGAAUACAUGAAGAUUGCCGAACGUGUGAAAGAGUUCUUCCAUAAUGAAGGCAUCCAUUCGACCACGAUACAACCGGAGUUUGUUGAGAUCGAGGCACUCAAUAGCUAUUCAGGUUCGGACGGAUUUUCGAACAGCUUGAAUGGUAGUGCAACUCAGGACUGCUGCGCCCUAGACUGUCCCACAACGGAUGAGAGUAGUUGUAUCAAAGCUACAUGCUGCCAAAACAACAAUAACGUUAAGCCGGUGGUGGUAAUCGAUAAGGGCACGGCUUCCAGCAAGGAACCAUCCGGCAGUAGAGCCUAUGAAGGCGACCAGUCGGAAGGGUUGUUCGCCGGGGAUGCGGUUACGUCCGGCCGAUCGAAUGUUACCGAUGCAUUGCUACCUGGCUCGGGACAGAACUGUGACGAUGAAGAUGAAACAGACAGUGAACAGGAGUGAACCGGAAGAAGAAAACAAACAGACAGAGAGGGAUAUAAAACAACAUCUACAACGAAAGUUGUGCAAUCGCAGGGAACCGCACAUGGAGACAUGUGACGAAAUGAAUGAGACUUAGUAAAGUAGAAUGGUUAGUGAAGAUUUUAUUAGAUGAAGAAUGAAGGCAAAGGUGCAGUUUUAUUUGUCUCAAACCAAAGGCCACUUACGCGUGUGAUGAAGCGUGUCGUAUAUGCGUUGAAUUGUUACGCUUUACUGGUAACCACCCUAGUCGUCACCGGCAGGAUCUGGCUUGUUUGGGUGUGUUGAAUUGCAGGCCACACCUCACAGGGAAAAGAAGAAAAAGAAUGCAAGGAAAUGGAAAAGCAAGUAAUUUAAACGUUUCAAACUAGCUUGAAUUUGUCACUGCAUCUUGUUAUGCAUAUUUCCAUCCAUUUGCUGGAUAAUGUAAAACUUUCUCUUUAUCCACCUUUUUUUUUAUUAGUUUUUCCGAUUUGACUGGAAAUAAGAGAUUUAAUGUUGAGCUUGUACAGCGAAGUGCAAACUCGACGUAUAAUGAGCAACAAAAAAGAACCCAUCAGAAUGUAGCUAAUAAGUAUUUAACGUUUCACACGGCUUUUUCGUGGUGUGAUAAAAAAUAUUCAUUUACUUUAAUUCACUGUUCGGUAAAUUUAGCAGGCAACAAUUUACCACUGUACGUGUUCCUCGCACGGUAAACUAUGAGUGCGUGAGUAUCAUGAAACGCAAAGAUGAAGUAGCAAUAGGACAACAGAAUUAAAACUUUAAUCGACAGGAGCGCUUCCCCUUGCUUACAUGAUUCCAUUUUAGCGAGAGAAUGAUCGUUUGCAGUGAAGUUUUUACAUUAGAAUCAAGUUUCACAAGUCCUCUUCGUGAUGGCAAAAUGUCUAUUAUAGUGUAAAUGAAAGGCUGGUACUAUUAUACGAUGAUUAACUACCUCGGCAGUACAAACGAUGCGUAGUCAAAUUGUAGUAUUAUUUUGUAGCGCAAUAAAACAAACAAUAUAUUCU